AUGGCGAUGGAUAAAUUGAGCAUGCGGAUGGAACGACUUCGUGAGAUGGUACAAGGACAAUUAGAAGGACUGUCCAAAUGGCAGUUAGCUUUGUUGUUCGGUACGCCUGUCACUCUUGGACUUGUUGGAUUUAUUUAUUACAAGAGCAAGAAACAUAAGAAGAAAUCCGAUUGCAAAGGCAACUCAGCGGCCGGCGCGAGGAGCAAAGAGAGAGAAGCCGAGCCACCUCUCAUUGACCAAGCUGUGGAGACCAAAAAGCGAGGCAAUACUUUGUUCAAGGCGGGAAAAUAUACAGAAGCUAUUGAUUGCUACACAGGGGCCAUUGCCCUCUGUCCUUUGGAUAGACCAGAUCAGUUGGCUACAUUUUAUCAAAACAGAGCAGCUGCUUAUGACCAGUUGAAUAACCAUAAGCAAGUGGUUUCAGAUUGUUCAAGGGCCCUGCGCCUGAAUCCGAAAUAUGCAAAAGCUUUGAGCAGGAGGGCCAAAUCUGCAGAUCAACUUGGAGAUUUAAAAUUAGCGAUAGAAGAUUUAACAUUUUUAUGUAUGUUGGAAAAUUUUGCAAAUGAAGAAACUGUCAAAUUUUCUGAGCGAAAUGCUCCUAAAUUUUUCCUCUCUCCCUCUCUAACUUUUUUCCUCUCUCCCUCUCUAACUUUUUUCCUCUCUCCCUCUCUAACUUUUUUCCUCUCCCUCUCUAACUUUUUUUCCUCUCCCUCUUUUUUUCCUCUCUCCCUCUCUAACUUUUUUCCUCUCUCCCUCUCUAACUUUUUUCCUCUCUCCCUCUCUAACUUUUUUCCUCUCUCCCUCUCUAACUUUUUUCCUCUCUCCCUCUCUAACUUUUUUCUCUCCCUCUCUUUUUUCUCUCCCUCUCUAACUUUUUUCUCUCCCUCUCUAACUUUUUUUCCCUCUCCUCUCUAA